UUAUCAAAGUGGAUCAGUGAACAAAUGGAAGGAUAAAUCAGGAGGUUUAAAUGUUGAUUUUUUUUAUUAGAUUUGUAUUUUUUUAUUGCAAGAUGGGUGUAAUUGACGCGACUAUAUUAACACAUCGAAGGUAAGCUAUAAGCCAUGUGCGCUGUAUUUAGUAAUACAUAAUGCAUAGGCCUAACGCAUUCAUAACAGAAGUGUCAGUUUAGAAUAGAUUACAAUUAUUUUUGUAUCGAGUAUGUUGUAUGCUGCUUAUUUUUGUAAAAAAAUAAACAUACUUUUUAAAUACUAAUCUCAAGACAAAUUGAAUAAAUAGCAAUUGCCAUCACUAUUUCUAAGUACUUAUAAAUGUUAAUACAUUAUACCAGUCAUAACACUUCAAAAGUAAUUAAAUUAAAACAAAAUAAAUUAUCAUUUACUCGAUUCACGUCUACAAUAUUCUUUGCAAGCAAAAUGUUUUGUCGAAAAAAGUCAUUCAAAUGUGUGUGAAGUGUACAAUGAUUUGGUAAUUUCACAUUUUAUGUUUCUCACUUGUGUGAUUUCCAUGUGAAACAAUGUUAUUAGAUGUUAUGAAAGAAAGUUAAACCAAUGAAUGUGCAUAAAUAAUUACUUAGGAAAAAGCCUAUUAGGAUAUGUUGUCCAUUGCACGAUGUAAAUUAAUAUAACUAUAUCAUUACUCCUACUAGGCCUAUAUUUGAUAUUAUACAUAUUCAUGUAUACAUUUUCAAACGUUUCAUUUACAAUGUUAAGUCACAUUUUUAAAUCACAAAACCGUGUUCAAAUAUGGCUUCCUCGCCAGAGCUGGGCUCUUUGUCUCUGACUCCGCGUGGGGAAAUGCCGAGGAUGUGUCUUUCCAUAACGAACUCAUAAAUCAAAGUCUUUCAGGCAAGCUGACAGGACCAAGACAAUCACUGCCUGUGAAAAGUCUGCCCAUAUAAGUGUUUUCACUCACUGUUUAUCAUUAAGAAGAUUCUGGUUCCUGAAGCACAACCCACAUGUAGGGUUAAUAAUAAUUCAUUUUUAUUGGCGUUUUAACAUCCGGCAUUAGGAUUACACAAAACACUCAUAAACUACAUAGGCUAUUUCAUUGCGCGUGGCAUACGCUAUUUGUCUUAGUCUCUUUUGGGGGGUUUUCUUGUCCGUCUAUCCUGACAGAAAUGAUUUAUGAACGCUAUAUUAAAAAAUGUUCAAACAUUGUUAAUAUUAAUAAAAGAGUAGGCUAAUAUAAUCGUGAUGACAAAAGCAUGUUUUUAUGUUCACAUAUUUCUCACCCACAUUUCCUAAACAUCUUCCCCAAAUAUUGUCUUAUGUGAAUGUGACUGAAAAUCUUUGCAAGAUUUUAGGUGGUCCUGCUUUUUUAACUUCAAGUGAUCCGUAUAGUAACAUUUUGCUUAAAUGCAUUGGCUAUAUUCUUUCAGGUUCUAAUUUAAUGCUCUGUCUCGCUACAAGAUGAAAAAUAGCCGCAAUAAACAAACAGUAUAGUGCAUUACAACAGCUGUUGUUUUUCUUGCCUUGUUUAUCACGGGCCAUGUAAAAAAAAAAAGGAUGUGUUAAAAAGAGAGGAUGAGAAAUACUAGGGCGUCAGAAGCUUGUGGAAAGCGCCAUUUUGAGGGAAAAAAAAUACAUUGGACAUCUGUAGUAAAAUCUCCUUUACAUCCAGAGGGGGCGCACGCCCCCCUGCUUCACAACAGGCUAGGGCAAGACUGGGCAACUUCGGUCCUGGAGGGCCACUGUCCUGGAGAGUUUAGCUUCAUCCCAAACCCACACAUCUGUAGCUUUCUAGUGAUAUUGAAGACAUCGAUUAGCUUGCUCACGAGUGUUUCAGGUUGGAGCUAAACUCUGCAGGACAGUGGCCCACCAGGACCGAAGUUGCCCAGCCCUGUCUUAGUGAAAAAAAAGCACCAUAUUUAUUGUUAUAACUGACCACUUUGACCACUGAUAACAAAUCAUCAUUCAGCAAAACAAGCAAUAUGUGACAAAGUUCUGUUUCGUUUUGGCUGGUUGUUAAAAUUUCUAAUGGUUUUACAUGUAAAUCGCUUAUCUCCACUAAGUUAUAUCACAUGCUUUUUAUUAAGACUCAGCCUUAUUAAUUUAUAAAAACCAUUCGAAUGAGAAGGUAACCUAUAGGCUACUGAUGGAAAAAAUGCAAUCAGUUUUAUAACCAUAAUUGUAUAAUACACAAAGCCAACUCGACAAACGCAGAUGACCACAGAAGCAUCUCAAAGCAGCGCAACUGACGCAAGAUAUAAUAAACCAGAAGUAAGAAAGAAUUAAAAAAGUCAUUCACUUUACAUAAUUCCCUUUGUUUUUUUGGAACUCAUCUUACCUGACGCAUUUCUUCAACAUAUUUUCCCACACCAGUAUGUUGCCGCCUGGACGCUGUCUGUAAGACAACGUCCCUCCUUGCUCCUUUGCCAGCGAAUCCAUCCUUUCAGUGGGGAGAUAAGAUGGCCCUACGUCACGUUUAUCGACAAGAGGUCGGCAUUUACAUAAGCCUGGUGUUUAAUGACAACCUGUCAGUGCAAGGCCACUUAAGAUCAAGAUGAGACAGAACAACUGAUCACUGGCUGACCCAGCCCACGUGACUGUCGCUGGUCAUUCAUAUCACCAGCGCGUGGACACUCCCCAAUCCACGACUGAUUGAAGGAGGCAGAAGGGUGGCUCGGCUCAACCCCGGGUGAGUGGUGCGACAUUAAUCAGUCCCUGGGCCCAAAGAUCUGUCAGUGUGGCAGCCACGCGCAGAGACGCCAAAGAAGAUGCCACAAUGAGCACAUUCUUAGAUUUCUCGGCCAUAAGUGGUGGUGGAGAUGGAGGUGGCGGGGGCUCGUGCUCAGUCAGAGCGUUUCAUGGCGACCACGGACUUUCAACAUUCCAGUCAUCUUGUGCUGUUAGGGUAAAUAGCUGCAGUGGGGACGAGCGGUACAUGUCCAGUAGAUCAUCACAAGACGCAAUUAACCCUCAGCCACAUCAAGUCGGCUCGUACCAGUCCCCGGGGACUCUGUCAAUUACCUACAGCGCCCAUCCAAGUUACGGGACUCAAAGUUUUUGCACCGGAUACAGUCACUAUGCCCUAAAUCAGGAUGUGGACUCGUCUUUGAGCUUUCCCCAGUGCGGCCCGCUAGUUUACUCUGGAAAUAUUUCUUCCACGGUUGUGCAGCACCGUCACCAUCGCCAUGGUUCCAGUAGUGGAAACGUGCACCUCCACGGCCAAUUCCAGUACGCCUCAGCCACAUAUGGUCAUAGUUCGGAUCAGACAAACCUUUCGUUUGUGGCGGGCUGCUCAAAUCCGCUAUCCCCUCUGCAUGUGGCUCAUCACGACGCAUGCUGUUCACCUCUAUCAGACGGCGUGUCAACAGGCCAGACAUUUGACUGGAUGAAGGUUAAACGGAACCCGCCAAAAACAGGGAAAGUUGGAGAGUAUGGAUUUGGUGGGCAGCCAAACACUGUACGCACCAAUUUUACUACAAAACAGCUGACAGAGCUUGAAAAGGAGUUUCAUUUCAAUAAGUACUUGACUCGCGCAAGGCGGGUGGAGAUCGCUGCUGCGCUUCAGCUGAACGAGACUCAGGUAAAGAUUUGGUUCCAAAAUCGGCGUAUGAAGCAAAAGAAGAGAGAAAAGGAAGGUCUUUUGCCAAAAUCUCAGUCCGAAAUGAAGGAUGGUCACGAAAACCAGGAGGGUGCAUCCGAAAAGUCGCUCUCCGCACCACCCACACCCUCUCCAACUUCUCCAACUGUUGAUGCCUACUCCUCGAAUUAAAAGGCUCUCACGUUGAUCCUGUCCACCUGUAAAUUAUAUUACAGUACUGUUAGUGACUCGUGUCAAGGUUUGUGUCAAAACCAUCAUGUGACAUCAGUGAAAGUGUCAUACAGAGACCAGUGCACAACUUACAGAUUUUGACCACUCAGUAUUUACCUGUGCUACUUUGUGUUAUUGUGUAAUGACUGUUAAUUGUCUUGGGCAGCUUGUCAAGCACCUAGAAGUAACAAGUUGCCUGUGCAUUUUCGUGCACAGUAAGAGCAAAUGCUGCACUUUUACACGCCUUUGGCCAGACUUGCACCAUUUGUCAAAAUGUCUACCUCAAGGACCAAAAUAAAUAGUGCAAUAUAUUUAAGGGAUGUAUUAUUAAGGGAGACGAAUCAAAGGCUUGUUUGGACAUACUGACAACUUUCUGGACUGUGCAUAGUGUUAACCCUGAUGUUCUGCAUGUGUUGUGAGUUCUGCAACAUGAUGCGCAACUCUUCAAAGUUGCCAUCCAGUCGUACUGAGUUUUAUCAGUCAAAGAUGAAGGCUCAAGUCUCCUUUAGAAACAUGCUUUAGAUCAAGAUACGGGUGAAUUAAAUGUGUCAAU